GACAAAUACGUUUCGACGCGUUCCCCGACGAUGAGCUUUUUCAACCUCCAGCCGGCGGGCACGGGCACCCCAGCUGCAGGCUCAAGCAACCCCGCGCCAGCUACGAAUGCAUUCGGGGGUGGUUCUGCCUUCUCAGGUAUUUCGUGUCCCUUCUCGCAUGCCUUCUUCAAUCCUGAUCUUGAUCAACACUCCAGGCGGCCUCAAACCAAGUGUCUUCGGAAACGCGACUACAAACGCGUCCCCUUCGGUGGAGCACCAGCCGCAGGCACAAACCCGGCCGCUACAACAAAACCCACGACAAGCCUCUUCGGCACUCCUGCGGGAGGUGCCACUUCGACGACGACACCGGCUGCAGCUGCGGGACCAGCCACAGGCGCGGGUGGGAGUUUAUUCGGUGGAUUUGGUGGUGCCCCUUCUGCACCUGCGCCUACGCCUGCUGCGGCACCGGCGCCAGCACCCACCACAGGGUUCGGCUCAUUCUCGUUGGGCGGCGCUGCUUCGACCACAGCGGCGGCCCCGGCUGGAAGUCUUUUUGGGGCACCACUGAAAACGACUCCAGCGGCUGCGCCUUCGACGACACCUGCACCAUCCCUGUUCGGAGGCAGUAGUGCAUUCUCUGGGCUUAACAAGCCGGCAGAACCAGCAGCAGGGGCGGCGAAACCAGCGGGAACGGGAUUCUUCAGCCUUGGAACUCCUACGCCAGCUGCCGGUGCCAAACCCGCAGACGGAACAACACCAGCUGCACCUACAAACAGUUUUCUGAGCGGCUUGGGCAGUUUGAACAAACCUGCAGCGCCCGCAACGACGACAACGGCAGCACCUUCGUUGUUUCCUUCCUUGAGUGCGAAUAAAGAUGCUCCGACCGCUGCUCCUGCAGGGACAUCGCCGGCUGGUGGUCUAUUCGGAGCAAAGCCUGCAACACCGGGGCCAACAGCAUUGGGAGGCGCGUCGACAGCCGCCGCUCCCGCGAGCGCAUCCGCUCCUUCGUUGUUCCCCUCUCUGGGAGCCAAGCCGGAUGCCGCGACUACGACACCAGGAUUAUUUUCGUCGUUGGCCAAGCCCGCUGGUUCCGCGCCGGCGACAACUCCUCCGCUAGGCUCGAGUACGACCCCCGCACUGGGCACUUCCGCGCAAGGGACUACCCCCGCGCCAGGUGCGUCAACUGCGUUGGUAGCGGUCGCACCUCCCUCUAUGUUGCGCGGCAAGACGAUCGAAGAGAUCGUGAACAAAUGGUCGAGCGAACUGGAGACUCAUGUACGAGAGUUCAACAAAUUCGCCGGAGAGGUGGCUGUCUGGGACAGAGCGUUGAUUGAAAACGGGAACAACGUGGCGGCACUAUACAGUCACAUAUUGGCCGCGGAACGCGAGCAAAACGAAAUCGACCAAUCGUUGGAUCAUAUCGAGCAGCAGCAGAAGGACCUGAAUUCAACACUGGAAGCCUACGAAAAGGCAACCCAGGAGAUCUUCGGUGGGUCAAAUAUGAGGGCCUUGGACGCAGGGCCUGCUGACACGGAGCGUGAUAAAAAGUACUUACAUGCUCGCAACGGAGCUGCACACGCAAUUAGACGACCUUUCGGGCUCGCUGACGCAGAUGAUCGAUGCUGUGAACGGUCUCUCUCUGCAUCAAGCACGGACACAUCCGCCGACGAUCCGAUGUCUCAAAUCGCAGAAAUUCUGAGCAGCCACCUGGAAAGCCUACAGUGGAUCGACGGUGCAGUGAAGGAGGUGGACAGCAAAGUGAGCGAGGUCGAGAAGAAAGUGAAAGAGACGGGUUACAGCAGUAGUAUGAGGAAGAGUUACGGUCUGUAA